AUGCACUGGCUGCAAAAACUUCAGAGACUUUAUACCCUAUGGAGUCCUGAGAUGUCCAGGUACACUCUCCACGUUACCGUCAGGCAACUGUCGUCCAUACCGUGGGGCCACCAAGAUGUGCCAGAGAAGUUUAACUUUGCUAGCAACGUGAUCGAUCACUGGGCUGGUAUGGAAAAGGCUGGGAAGAGGCCUCCAGGCCCAGCCCUGUGGUGGGUGAGCGGCGAUGGGGACGAGAUCAAGUGGAACUUCAGAGAACUGAGUGAAGUCAGCCAGCAGGCUGCCAACGUCCUCUCGGGGGCCUGCCACUUGCAGCGUGGGGACCGUGUGGCCGUGGUGCUGCCCCGAGUGCCUGAGUGGUGGCUGGUGACCCUGGGCUGCUUCCGAGCAGGCCUCAUCUUCAUGCCUGGGACUGUCCAGAUGAAGUCCAAAGACAUACUCUACAGGCUGCAGGCGUCCAAGGCCAGGGCCAUCGUGGCUGGGGACGAGGUGGCCCAAGAAGUGGACACAGUGGCAUCCGACUGCCCUUCCCUGAGAAUCAAGCUACUGGUGUCUGAGAAAAGCCGGGACGGGUGGCUGGACUUCAGGACCCUGAUGCGAGAGGCACCCACCACUCAUCGCUGUGUGGAGACCAGAAGCCAAGAAGCAGCUGCCAUUUACUUCACUAGUGGAACCAGUGGCCCUCCCAAGAUGGCGGAACACUCCCACUCCAGCCUGGGCAUCAAGGCCCAGAUGGAUGCUGGCACCUGGACAGGCAUGCGAGCUUCGGACAUCAUAUGGACCGUAUCAGACCCGGGUUGGAUCCUGAACAUUUUGACCUCAGUUCUGGAACCUUGGACAUUGGGAGCUUGCAUAUUUAUCCAUCUUUUGCCCAAGUUUGACCCCCAGACCAUUCUGAAGGUGCUGUCCAGCUACCCCAUCAACAACCUGGUGGCUGCCCCCCUUGUUUACCGGAUGUUGCUCCAACAGGAUCUUUCCAGACACAAGUUCCCACACCUACAGAACUGCUUUACUGGAGGGGAGACCCUGCUUCCGGACACUCUGGAGAACUGGAAGGCCCAGACAGGGCUGGACAUCUGGGAAUUCUACGGCCAGACAGAAACGGGAGUCACCUGCAGAGUUUCCAAGACCAUGAAAAUCAAGCCGGGUCGCCUGGGGACGGCCUUACCCCAUUACGACGUGCAGGUCAUCGAUGAGGAGGGCCACGUGCUGCCUCCCGGUCAAGAGGGAGACAUGGCCAUCAGGGUGAGGCCCACCAAGCCCAUAGGCAUCUUCCUUGGCUAUGUGGACAAUCCCCAGAAGACCGCAGCCAAUAUUCGCGGGGACUUUUGGCUUCUGGGGGACCGAGGAAUCAAGGAUGAAGAUGGGUAUUUCCAGUUCGUGGGGCGGGCAGACGAUAUCAUUAAUUCCAGCGGGUACCGGAUUGGGCCCUCGGAGGUGGAGAACGCCCUGCUGGAGCACCCUGCCGUGGCUGAGUCGGCUGUAAUCAGCAGUCCAGACCCCGACCGAGGAGAGGUGGUGAAGGCAUUCGUGGUCCUGGCUCCCGAGUUCCUGUCCCAUGACCGGGACCAGCUCACCAAGGAGCUGCAGCAGCACGUGAAGUCGGUGACGGCCCCGUACAAGUACCCGAGGAAGCUGGAGUUUGUCCUGGACCUACCCAAGACCAUCUCAGGGAAAAUCGAACGAGCAAAGCUUCGAGCCAGAGAGUGGAAGACAUCUGAGCAAGCCCGGGCCCAGUGA